AUGUAUUCUGCUGGAGUUAUUAUAUUUUUGAGCGCUAUCUCUUUGACUUCAUCAGCCAUAGUGAAGUGGUUACCGAGCACGAGUUUCAAUCUACCGAUAAAUUUUAAUAAUGCGAAGUUACCUUGUUCUCGACAAACUGUGGUCUUCCCUGAAACUGUGAAUAGUUCUAUUACUAUCGAGUCUGGAACGUCCGUGAGCGGAUUCGUGUUCCCUUUAGACGGAGAGUUCCUUCUUGCGGAUGGCGUAAUAGAGCUUGGUCCAACUGAUGACGUAAAUUGUACAGAAAGCAACGUAUAUUAUAUGGACAAAUCUGUUUCUUCUUGGGCUCGACCUGAUGUUUGGGAUUCGCCAAAAUUUAACAAAGCUACACCCGAUGCAGAGAGAGUACCAUGUUACGAUGAUAUCGUCGAAUUCCCAGAAAAUAAAGGAUUUGCUGUCAUAUUACCAGAUAUGACGCAGAAAGUUCGUGGCAUUUCAAUAGGUGAUGAAAGGUUCGAUACGGAUGAAUUUAAAAAUUAUGUUCUUGGAAACCAAGAUCAGACUCGGCGAUUUUAUCUGAAUGAAUACGAUGAUACAGGAAUAGAAGUGUUAUUUGAUUUUUGUAAGUCGCCAGCUGGUUGUGCUUGUCAGAACAAUGUAUUGAAUAUCGAGUGCGAAGCUAAAUUCUGUCCUAUCCCAUCUUGCGUAGAACCAAUACAACCAGUUGGUCACUGUUGCAAGAUUUGUGGUGGUCUUCUUAUUUUAAAUAUUGAUCAAAGUUUUGGUUUAUUUGCCUUUAAAGAACGCGUUGAAGAAAUUUUAUCUAGCUAUGGAGAAGAUACGUUAGUUUAUCACAUUGGAAGAAUUCCAGAUGAUAAACUCCAACUUGUGAUUGUAGAGAAAGAUGACUAUACUGGUACUAGUGCAGAGGUUGUGAAUGCAAUUGCUAAUGGCGUGGAAUGGCACUUGGGUUCGAAUAUGCAAAUUAGUGGAAUUCCAUUUUAUAAAUCGGGUAUGGGCGGAAAGAUAUUUAUUUCUAUGUUCUUUGUGGUUAUAUUAGCUAUGGCCUUUAUAUACGUUUAUUACUAUAAAUUACCAGAGGUCAGAUAUCCAAUUAUAAGCCGGAGUAACUUCACAAUGUUUUCAAGGUAUGAUCGUAGAAGUGAAAGUGUAGUGUCUUUGACGAGAAGAACUUCUGCUGCGCCAAUUGGCAGCACACGAGCAGCUACAGCCUUCCGGAAUCCAUUGUAUGACUCAAAAAGAAGCAAAGGGUCAGCUGACGAAUCUAUUGGUGAAGAA